AUGGGUUUAUUUGGGAAUAGCAGAGGAAUUGCAGUUCAGGACAAGAAAGCUAUGGUGAACCACAGAAAGAUGAAUUCUACCUCUGCUUCCAAAUGCCAUCCUGAGGAGGUGGGGUGCCUCCGCCAGCUGACCAUGGCCAUUAUGUCUGUGUCCUUUGUGGUUGGUAUAGUGGUCAACGGGCUGGUGCUCUGGAUGACAGUUUUCCGACUGGCCUGCACUGUCACUACCAUGUGGUUCUUUAACCUGGCCCUUGACAACUUCUUUCUCACUGUCCCUGCCCAUCGCAUACACACCAUAGCCAGUGGCCAGUGGUUCCUCAGCAAAUUGGCCUGCAAGCUCUACAUGGCCUUCUUGACCUUCAACUUCUUUACCAGUGUCUGCCUCCUGGUCCUCAUCUCUGUGGACCAUUGCAUCUCUGUCAUCUACCCUGUCUGGUCAUGAAACCACCACACCGUACAGUGGGCAACCUGGCUGGCUGUUGGCAUGUGGCCCCUGGCUACUAUUGCUUCUUCUCCGUACUUGAAAUUCCAGACAACUGGAACACUGAAAGAAUGUUUCUACUGCUACUUCAAGUUCGACAUAGACAAUAAGGGGGAGGAGAACUCCCAGGAUUGGAAGCCAGUAGUUUGGGGGAGGCAAGUGACUAAGACUGUCAUUCGCUUCCUGCUGGGUUUCUUACCCUUGGCGAUCAUUGGUACCUGUGCUCACCUCAUCUGCACCAGGCUCCGGCGGGAGGGCUGGGUCCAUGUUAGCCGACCAAAGAGGUUGCUGCUGGUGUUGGUGAGUGCCUUUUUCAUCUCCUGGUUCCCAUUUAACAUGGUGCGCUUGGUCCAAUUGUUAGAGCAAAAGGAAUCCGACCCCAGGAUGCUGCUUAUCGUCUGGGCUAUAUUCUCCCUGGGUUGUUUCAACAGCAGCCUCAACACUUUCCUCUAUGUCUUUGUUGGCAGAGAUUUCCAAGAAAUUUUCCAGUCUUUGCCUUUUGCUCUGGCCAGAGCAUUUGGUGAGGAUGGGUUUCUCAGUCAGCCUGUCCCUGAGUUGAAGCCUUCGGGAGAUAAUGGAAACCUUCAGGAAGUCUUCCUGGAGAUCUCUUAUCUAAAUCUCUCCAUUAAAGACAUCUAA